GCUUGUUUGGGUACAAAAGUAAAAUACACAAGAGUAGGGUUUAGCAUUUUAGCAAGCCCAUCUCUCUCUGUCUCUCUUCUUCUAUUCAACUUCAAGAGCUAAAACUAAAACCCCUAACCUAAAACCCAAAUCCUCUCUCUCUCUCUCUCUCUCUUUCUCCUUCACAAACCAACAAUGGUGGAGGUAAAGCUAUCAGAGAGCCGAGACCUAACCCGGAUAGAGCGCAUAGGCGCACACUCCCACAUCAGGGGCUUAGGUCUAGACUCUUCCCUCGAACCCCGCGAAGUCUCCGAAGGCAUGGUGGGCCAGACCUCUGCCCGAAAAGCCGCCGGCGUCAUCCUCCAGAUGAUCAGAGAUGGCAAAAUCGCCGGCCGCGCCGUCCUCUUAGCGGGUCAGCCCGGCACAGGCAAGACCGCCAUAGCUAUGGGCAUGGCCAAGUCCUUAGGCCUCGAAACCCCAUUCGCUAUGCUCGCCGGCAGCGAGCUCUUCUCUCUGGAAAUGUCCAAAACCGAAGCCCUAAUGCAAGCCUUUCGCAAGGCCAUUGGCGUGCGCAUCAAGGAAGAGGCCGAGGUGAUCGAAGGCGAGGUUGUUGAGAUCCAAAUUGACCGCCCUGCAGUUGCUGGGGCCGCCUCUAAGACCGGGAAGCUCACGCUUAAGACUACGGAAAUGGAGACUAUUUAUGACUUGGGUGCUAAGAUGAUUGAGGCGCUUGCCAAGGAGAAGGUGCAGAGUGGCGAUGUCAUCGCCAUUGAUAAGGCUUCGGGGAAGAUAACAAAGCUUGGGAGGUCCUUUUCGCGGUCCAGGGAGUACGACGCCAUGGGACCUCAGACAAAGUUCGUGCAGUGUCCUGAUGGGGAGCUUCAGAAGAGGAAGGAGCUCGUGCAUUCUGUUACUCUUCACGAAAUCGAUGUCAUCAACAGCAGGACACAAGGAUUUCUAGCUCUCUUCACUGGUGAUACUGGUGAAAUCCGUGCAGAAGUGAGGGAACAAAUUGACACAAAGGUGGCAGAGUGGAGGGAGGAAGGAAAGGCAGAGAUAGUGCCUGGUGUCCUCUUCAUUGAUGAGGUGCACAUGCUUGAUAUUGAAUGCUUUUCUUUCCUGAAUCGUGCUUUGGAGAAUGAGAUGGCUCCAAUAUUGGUUGUCGCUACCAACAGAGGGAUCACUACAAUCCGAGGCACAAAUUAUAAAUCUCCACAUGGGAUUCCAAUUGAUCUCCUUGAUCGCCUUCUCAUUAUCACAACUAAACCUUACACAGAGGAUGAAAUCCGCAAGAUUUUGGACAUCAGAUGCCAAGAGGAAGAUGUGGAGAUGUCUGAAGAAGCGAAGCGAUUGUUGACUAAAAUUGGUGUAGAAACAUCGUUGAGAUAUGCCAUCCAUCUCAUCACAGCUGCUGCAUUGUCUUGCCAGAAGCGAAAGGGAAGGAUUGUGGAGAUGGAGGACAUUAACCGAGUUUAUCAUCUGUUUUUGGAUGUGAAGAGAUCAACACAAUAUUUGAUGGAGUUUCAAAACCAGUACAUUAAUGAAACUGCAGAUGGUGACGAAGAAGAUGCCAAUGCCAUGGAGUCUUGAGAGUUGGUUUGGAAGUAUGUGAUUAUACAUGUGCCUUUAUUUAUUAUUUGCCAAAGCCUGCUAUUGACUAAGGGUAACUCUGCUUGAUGUGUUUUUCAUGCACCUAGUUGGGAUUAACAGUAGUCUGUUAGUUUUCACUUUUCACUGUGCAAGUGCAUACUGUAUGUUUGUAGGACUGACCAUUGCAAUUGUUUGUUAGAUAGUUCUUGUGUCUGGAAAAAUAUUAUGCAUUUUUCAAGCUAUCAGGCACUUUUGGUUUACA